GAUGGGUACUGUCACCCUAAAUAAUCACCCUACUUUGUUUGGACACCCAAUAAAUAUCUAAAAAAAUUUUUGCCAUUGGGAGGUCUCUCUCUCUCUCUCUCUCUCUAGCUGCCGUCCUCUGCCACAACUCAGCCCUCACCACCACCAUCGUCACCACCAAUAAUUGAAAUUGAAUGAAUGAAUGAUGAUUACAAUCCUCAAUUUCUCGAUUGGUCGUUGAGUUCCGAGGAAGACGAGUCUCUGUUUUUCAACAAUUUCUUCAAAAAACCCCCCUUCAUCUCAUCAUUUCACGUUCUUUCCUCUGCUUUCAAGCCCCAGUAAGAGGAAACUGCUUUCAACAUGUAUCACGCCAAGAAAUUUUCAACUGCAAGCUUAGUGCCACAUAAAUCUCCAGCCCCUGAACAACUUGCAUUAGUUGGAGUUUUGGGUGGAUCUGCAGCUAGAAGUACUGCUCCUGCAGGGGGAGGUGGGGGGAAGCAACGGUUGCGGUGGACUUCAGAUCUUCAUGAUCGCUUCGUAGACGCUAUUACUCAACUUGGCGGACCAGAUAGAGCAACACCUAAAGGUGUUUUACGAGUGAUGGGUGAACCUGGACUUACCAUAUAUCACGUGAAAAGCCAUUUACAGAAAUAUCGCCUUGCAAAGUACCUGCCAGAGUCGCCAGCUGAUGGUUCUAAAGAUCAGAAGAAAGGUUCUGGAGACAGCCUAAAUAGCUUGGAUUCUUCCCAGGGAGUGCAAAUUAAUGAUGCGCUGAGGAUGCAGAUGGAGGUACAGAAGCGUCUUCAUGAACAACUUGAGGUACAAAGACAGUUACAAAUGAGGAUAGAGGCUCAGGGGAAAUACUUGCAGAAGAUAAUUGAGGAACAGCAAAAACUAAGUGGUGUUCUGAAAGCCUCCGAGACAGUUCCAUUACCCAAGGAUCAGCCGCUAGCUCCAUCUCAUUCACACCCACCUCCCCCUCCCAAUGCCUCCAUGAGUUCCUUCUCUCCUCAUAAGAAGCAAAAACUGGAUGACGGGUCCACAGAAGGCGGCCUGCCUGACUUUGUCCCACCAGAAGAGGACUAGAAUCUUGGGCGUGUCAAUCAACAGUCCAUAUAUGCUGAUGAUGAAAUUGUGUUUGGAUUAAAUAUGUCAAAAGAGUUGAAAGGAUAGGAGGAUGAUUGUAAUGGGUAUAGAUGGUUUUCUUGGGAUGAUUGUUAAUGUAGUGAUAAACCCGUUUUUCAUAUAGAUCAUGUACUGGUAAUCCAUUUGUAAUUAUAAUUAAACACGUAUGUAGUGGUUAUUCCUAUUGUUGUUGGUAGUCUAUUGGUUACAUUUGUUGGAAAAUAGAGUUAAGGGUUUGAGAGAAA